AUGGUGGUAAAGAGCAAAAAGGAGUCGCAACAUACGGAAGACCUCCGGGGAGUAUUUGAGAUACUCCGGCAACAUAAGUUGCGCCUGAACACCGAGAAGUGUACUUUCGAUGUGGGGGCUGGUAAGUUCUUGGGUUAUCUGAUUUCUACUCGGGGGAUAGAGGCCAAUCCUGACCAGAUAGAGGCCGUGAAUCGCCUCAGACCGCCAAGAAAUCCCAAGGACGUACAAGUGCUAAUUGGGAUGUUAGCCGCCCUAAACCGAUUCAUAUCCAAAUUUGCUGAUCGCUGCAGACUAUUUUACCAACUUCUGAAGAAGUGGAAGGGGUUUCAUUGGAACAAGAAAUGUGACCAGGCUUUUCGAGAACUGAAGGAAUACUUGGUAAAAGACCAAGGAGUACAACAGCUAGUGUAUUACAUAAGCAAAACCUUAGUAGAUGCCGAGACAAGAUACUUGCCCCUGGAGAAGUUAGUUUUGGCACUGGUGCACACCACAAGGAAGUUGCCGCAUUACUUUCAGGCUCAUACGGUAUUCGUCCUCACCGAGUAUCCCCUGCAGUCGUUGUUAAAAAGAUCGGACUUCACGGGUCAAAUAGCCAAAUGGGGAACUCGGUUGGGUUCAUUCAACAUAAGGUACCGACCGCGAAGCUUGUUGAAGGGACAGGUUCUUGCUGAUUUCAUUGCAGAAUUCACCCUUAAGAACGACAGGAAGAUAAUCUGUAAUGCAGAAAGUCGUCCGUGGAAAAUGUUUGUAGACGGCGCUUCAAAUGCUAUGGGGGCCAGAGCUAGUAUUGUCAUAAUCACCCCAGAAGGCAUACGUGUAGAACACUCCUUCAGAUUAGGAUUCAAAGCCUCAAACAACGAAGCCGAGUACGAGGCCUUUCCGGCCGGGUUGAGGGCCGUAUUGCAUCUGGGCGCAAAAGAUGUUGAAAUUUAUUCGGACUCUCGGCUGGUCGUUUAUCAAAUCAUAGAAAACUUUGAAGCUCGGGACUCUCGGAUGAAAGCCUAUCUGAAUGCAGCUAAGCAGCUCAUUGGCCGGUUCGAGACAGUGAAGGUGGCCCAGGUAGGUCGGGCACAAAACAAACAUGCCAACUCGCUGGCCACGUUGGCCUCAUCCGCUAUCGAGGAUACACCUCGGCUAGUCAAAAUAGAGCUUAUAAGGGAGCCAAGUAUUGAUGUGAAAAGUGAUUAUGACCAGGCCAAGGUUGAGGUUGCCAUGGUGUCAGUGGCCAAUCCGUGCUGGAUGAACCCGAUCAUAGAUUUUCUAGCCGAGGAUAAAGUUCCGAACGAUGAAAGGGAGGCGAAAAAGAUUCGUCGGGUGGCUCUCCGGUACUGGCUGUCGGCAAAUCGCAAAUUAUACCGGAGGUCUUUCACAGGCCCUUACCUUUUAUGCCUACAUACCGAGAAAGUGAACGAACUUUUAACUGAAUUGCAUGACGGAGUGUGUGGUGGCCAUGUCAGGGGACGGUCUUUAGCGCACAGGGCGAUGACCCAGGGGUUUUGGUGGCCACAGAUGCAGAAGGAUGCCGCGGAAUAUGUCCGGAGGUGUGAACAAUGCAAAAAGCAAGCCCCUCUGAUCCACCAGCCAGCAGGUCGUCUAAACCCCGUCAGCAGCCCAUGGCCGUUUGCACAAUGGGGGCUAGACAUCCUCAGCCCUUUUCCCCGAGCAACAGGUAACCGCCGUUUUGUAUUGUUGGUAGUUGAUUACUUCACGAAGUGGGCGGAAGCCGAGGCCUUAGCCAACAUCUGGGAUGUCGACAUGAAAAAGUUUGUAUGGAAAAAUAUAGUCACAAGGUUUGGGGUACCGAACUCACUAGUAUCAGACAAUGGGCUACAGUUCGAUAGAAAGCUUUCCGGGCCUUCUGCAGCGAUCUCGGCAUUAAGAACAAGUAUUCAACUCCGGCAUACCCUCAAAGCAACGGCCAAGCUGAGGCAGUGA